AUGAACUCACAAUCGACACAGAACAAAAGAAGGUUGAUAUCAUGGAAUCCUCAUAUAACAAAUACAUUCAUUGUGGGAUCAAAUGAUAUACGUCUAUAUGAACUAAAGCAUAGGCAAAGUGGAAGUGGAGGUAACUCACUUAGCAAGGUGAAUAUGCCAUUAUCAUUCGACAUUGAAUAUCCACCCGAUGAUUGGACACCACAAGACAAGAAAUCAAUCGACCUCCUCAGCGUCAACAAUGACGUUCAAUAUCUAAAGUGCAUGGCAUGGAGUCCCGACCCUGCAGACCCAAACCUCAUCGCUUGUGGUCUGGUCAAUGGUAAGACUAUCCUCACCAGCUUCUCAUCAGUCAAGAGGAAUAUAAAGGAGUUCGUACCAAAGCAUAUAAGACCUUGCAAUACAAUUGCCUGGAAUCCAAUCAAUAAGACACACCUGGCCAUCGGUUUGGACAAGGUUCGAGGUGACUCCUCCACCUUGGUCUGGGACAUCAACUACCUUAACAGAGCUGCGACACACUCCUCAAGUGGACAUAUAGUUGUCGAUGCACCACAUGAAGUAUCACAACUAUCAGAGAACAGCUUCAAUACAAUGAACACAGAGCCUGUCGAGACUAUAUAUCAAUCGAUUGCAGAGUUUACAAUAUCUGAAGCGACAAUGUCUCUGGCAUGGAUACCAAACAAUCCAUUCUGUUUGAUCAUUGGUACUGGUGCAAAGUGGUUGCGCAUCUUUGAUAUUAGAGACCCAAACACGACACAGUCGGUGCCGGCACAUCAAAAGUCAGUCAAUGGCAUCAGCAUUGACCCAUUCGACAACAACAGGAUGGCUACGAUGAGUGAGGACUCCAUCGUCAAGAUAUGGGACAUGCGCAAGUUUGACGAUCCAGUCAUGACGAUCAACACCAACUACAAGUCAGUGCAACAGAUUGAGUGGUGUCCAACUCGCUCAGGUAUCCUGGCCACCAGUGGUCGCGACAAGAACUCCAUCAAGCUCUACGACGUCAAAGCUCCAGUCGAACAAGCCAGAUCCCCACGUCCCGAUCGCAAGAGUACCUCUGAUCAGAACCUUAUGUACAGCUUCAAGCCCACCAAGACACUGCAUGUUCAAGACAUCUCAUCAUUCUCAUGGCAUCCAAAGAAUGAGUGUAGGAUGCUCACUGUCUCGCAUCAAGGUGUUGUCGAGGUGAUCAAUGUAAACGAGAAUAUACCACUGGCCUGGUCACCAGCAGGUGACCUCUGUUUCUCAUUUGGCAUGCAUCUCAUUGAAGGACCGACAAAGGGCAACACAAUCGAGCCCAACCUUGCCGAAGAACGAUUCGCAAACCUGACAAACGAUGGAAGAUACAAUCGAGAUAUUUCACUGCUGAUGAAGGAGAGAGCAAAGACAGGAUACUCAGCCAACAUUGACGACAAUGUAAAGAUAUCGAGCAAGUUCAACGAGAAGGACAUCUUUUAUCUGUGGGGUUGGAUACAGCGCAUACCUCAACUACUGCAACAGUUCCAGAAGAAGAUUAUAGUCAAGCCUGCAGAGCAACUACAACUACAACAGCAACAACAACAACAACAACAAACAGAGGCCACCCAACCAAAGGACAACGAAUACAUUGGAAUAUAUAAGAUACUGCAUGAUCAGAAGACCUUUGCAUCACAGACGAUUGAACAGGUACAGAUUGGAUUCAAUACAUAUCUGUCAAGCCAGAGAGCACUUUGCUCGUUGAUAUGUGGAUGGGGAUUCUCUACCUCUAACCCAAUCGAAUCAACGCUGACGAUGCUCGAGCGAUCAGGUGACUUUGAGAAGGCGGCCGCGAUGGCCGUCUUCCAUCUGGAGAUCAAGAGAGCAGUGCAGAUCAUCCAUAAUGGCUGCAUGGUGCUCGCGACACAAGGCACACUCGCCGCCAAGGACAGAGAGACCAGUCUACGACUGAUGUCCUUUGCCCUGGCUGGACUUGGUGAUGGACCUGGCGCCAAGGUCAACUCAUUCUGGAAGGAGACAUGUCGUCAAACAGCCAAGAGCUUCUCCAAUCCAUACCUCAAGCUGUGUCUUGAUUUCCUCUCAAUCAAUGAGCAGCGAGAGUUGAGCAACAUUCUCGAAGAGUCAUCAGUGACCCUUGCCACCAAGGUUGCAUUUGCUUGCAGAUACCUUGAUUCACAAGAUCUCGUCUCAUUUGUUGACAAGAUGACUCUACAGGUGGCUGAACAAGGUAACCUGCAUGGCAUCAUACUGACAGGACUUUCAGUGCGUGGUAUCGAUCUACUUCAGCAGUACAUUGAUCGCACCAGCGACAUACAAACGGCGUGCCUGGUGGCAAGCCUGGUGGUACCCAAGCACUUCCACGACAAGCGAGUGCCUCGUUGGAUAUCAUUAUACAGUGAGCUGCUCGACACGUGGGAAUGCUGGCAUGAACGCGCCACCUUUGACAUCCACCGCAUAUCCUGGUCGGAGCCACCCACUUCGCAGAUCUUCGCCAAGUGCGGCUACUGCCAGAUGUCAUUCUCCUUUGAAUCAGUAUCGAAUGGCUCGAUGGCCGGUCGCAACCCGCGAGUCAACACGCGCUCCAAAGUGCCGUGCUGUCCACACUGCAAGCAGCCACUGCCGCGCUGCUGUCUCUGUCUGCUGCCGAUGAGCUGCAUGGUGCCGGGCAUCGAUUACAAGAAGCCAUCCAACCGCGAGUUCUGGACGGCUGGUGCCGAGCCCUUUGACGACUGGUUCACCUGGUGUCAGACCUGUCGCCACGGCGGCCAUGCGCGCCACAUCUCCGACUGGUUCAAAGACCAUCAACAAUGUCCUGUAACCGACUGCACCUGUAAAUGUUCAUCCAUCUAA